GCUCAGUAGCCGUCUAGCAGUAGCAAACAAUAUGAACAUAUAAUGAGUUUCGUUUCUUGAUUUCGUACACUAUGGCACUUAAUUGCAACAAUAUUAAGCAUCGAAAUACCAAUACGGCGACACAGGGCAUUUUACCGUUCGUUAUUGAUUGACUAAUGUGAUUAAUUUAAAGUUAUAUCACUAUACUAUGGUAUUAUUUGCUAACGUUAGCCAGCCUAGCAUUUCUGCUAGCUAAAGUAAACUGUCCCAUUGGUUUUAUUAUUGCCAUGGUUAUUUCCUCCAGCACAGACUGAGGAUGUAGGCAUCCCCCCACCCCCCAACUGUCUGGCACAAUAAGAGUGCUUUUCCCCAUGCUGUACGCUACAGCCGUAACUGUGAGGAGAGAGAAGAUAUGAUGCACUGACCACAUAGUCACAAACUGACCAAUCCAAGAAUGAAACACCAUAUCUGAGGAGGAGGAGGAGGCUGGGAGGGAGGACAGUUAUAAGCUGAAACAUGAAGGUUGCGGGUUUAUACACUGUUGUUCAAGUUCUGAGGGAGAUGAACUGCCGAUCUUGUCAUUUGAAAGAAUAGCAUUACUCAAGAUGGAGAAGGUUCUGGGGAAUAUAGUGGCCAUGGUGAGGCAGCACCCGGCUGGGAUCCCCCUGAAAAAGCUGGCUGUAUUAUACAGCCAGACGUACCACAACAACCUGACUUUAUCCUCCAUUGGCUUCGACUCAAUGGCUACCCUGGUAGCCUCUCUGGAUCGUUAUCUGGUUGUGGAAGGUGAAAUGGUGUUUCACAAAUCCCACCGCUUGGCGAAGCCGACUGGAGCUGGGGCAUCCACAAAAGCUACAGAGGAAAGUGAGAAUGUGGAGACAGUUCUGGGGAAUAUAGUGGCCAUGGUGAGACAGCACCCGGCUGGGAUCCCCCUGAAAAAGCUGGCUGUACUCUACAGCCAGACAUACCACAGAAACCUGACUUUAUCCUCCAUUGGCUUUGACUCAAUGGCUACCCUGGUAGCCUCUCUGGAUCGUUAUCUGGUUGUGGAAGGUGAAAUGGUGUUUCACAAAUCCCACAGCUGUGCGAAGGGGGUUGGAGCUGGGGCAUCCACAAAAGCUGCAGAGGACAGCGAGAAUGUGGAGGAGGUUCUGGAGAAUAUAGUGGCCAUGGUGAGACAGCACCCGGCUGGGAUCCCUCUGAAAAAGCUGGCUGUAUUCUACGGACAGACAUACCAUAAAAACCUGACUUUAUCCUCCUUGGGCCACGGAUCCAUGGCUAGCCUAUUGACCUCUCUGGAUAGUGAUCUGGUUGUGGAGGGAGGACUGGUGUUUGAUAAGGACCAUCAACAUGAAAGUAGAGCUGGAGCUGCUGCUGGGGCAUCAGCAAAAGUUACAGAAGACAACGAGAGGAAUGAGAACGUUCUGGAAAAUAUUGUGGCCCUGAUGAAAGAACAUCCAGACGGGAUUCCUCUGAAGAAGGUGGCUAUAGUCUACAGCCAGAAAUACCACCACAACCUGGCCUUGGCCUCUUUGGGUUUCAAAACUAUUUCCUGCCUGGUAGAAUCACUAAAAGGAGAUCUAGUUGUGAGCGGGGAUGUGGUGUUCCAUAAGAUCCACCAGCCUGUAGCUGGGAAGUCAGGAAAAGCUACAGAGGACAGCAGGCCUGCAACACCACAGAGAAAUGAAUCACUUGUUGGGAAGAGUAGCGCUACUAGUGUUACCAUGCCACAGCUGGAUUUCAGCUCUCACUAUGUGCCUACCACUCAGGCAGGAAUUAACUUUUUAGGUCCUUCUUUGAUUUCUACUGACUCUUUAUUCUCCACUGGCUGUCUUCCUGUUAACCCACUCUUUACUGAGUCCAAGCCAGCUGAGAAACUGACCCAACCGCACCUGUACCAGAGGAUUAUAGAGGUGAUGAAGAAGUACCAGUUGAGUGCUCCAUCAAUGGACCAGCUCCAAACCUGCUAUUUUCAGAUGUUUGGUGAACAGCUUCCUCUCAAACAGUACAUGUCUCUGUAUGACAACUGGGAAGCUGGCGCCAAGAAGUUGCCAACUCAAUCUGAACCAGCAACAGAUCCCAAGACUGUUGCAUUGCAAACAACUGCAGGUCCUUCCACAGCCGUACAGGAUCUUACAAGAGAGCCUGAAAAAGAUCAGCUGCAACAGCCCGUGGCGUCCAACUUCCUCUCUGGCUCUGACUUUCCAGUGCUGGGGGCAGAUGUGAGCUUGAUGAAAGAGCAGAAGAGCAAAAUGAGAAAUGUAACCAAGAGAGAGGACAGUUCCCCCGUGUUCAGGGAAGCAUAUCAUGCCCAGCUGAGAGAGGUCCAUGGAGGUAAUAUGCGAGCAGUAGAGGCUAUCGAGGAGGAUGAGGAGGAUCUCAAAGGGAGGAGGAGGCACAGGGUCCUGGAUCAGGAUACCGUCAACAGUCUGGUGGAAGAUGUGAUACGAGACAUCGCUGCAGAAAGAGACCUGGUCACCAAAGAGAAGGUGAUAUCCAGGGUUUGUGGGCUGAUGCAGAUUCCUUCCUUGGAAGCAGGAAGGAUAAAGCCCUGGAUGAUUCCGGCUCUCAAAGACCUUCAGUACAUCAUGAGAGAGGUCAACAUGUUCAUAGAGUCUACUGAAGCAGUGACAUCCAUCUGUACCCUGUAUGAGCUGGGCCAGUCACUGGCUGGCCUGAAGGACAAGAAGCACUACGAAGAGCUGAACCUGGGGCCCCUCUGCAAACUCCCAAUCAUCCACCGCAUGUUCAAGAUUGACAGUAAUACUAAAGAUGAUGAUAUCCACCAGAUCGAGACACUAGACAUCUUGAAGCAACUUCGCAUUUUUAGGAGGAAGCAGAGCAAGCCAAAAGUAGACUUGGCUGAGUUCAUGAAGUAUCUGGCUGACCACUACAACUGUGAAUCUCCUUACGAGCUGGGAAUCAGGAUACAUAGCGUUGGGCUGCCCAUAGCGACCCUAAUGAAAGUGAGUCGUGGUGAAUACGCCAUCUUGGAGCAAGCCAGGGAGGUCAUCCAGAAAGAGCUGGAGGAGGAGACCUACGAGCGUCUGAGAAAGAUAAAGAAGAGCGUGUUGGACCCAAUGCAAGGAGCAGAUUACUUCUCCAACGCAGGCAGCCUGGACCUCCGGAAAAAGUACAUUUCCAUGGCAGCAGCCGAGGUAGCGCUGGAAGUCUUCUCAAACGCAGAGGGGGUGUUCAGUCCCAAAAUGGCUAAGCACAUUCAGUGCUUCCUGCUGCAGGUGUCAGGUAACCGGCUGGCAAAGGCUCUGUUUCAGCUGGCCAUCUGUGGAGGCUCCCUGGCUGUCCCACAGGACCUGGUUCUCAAAGACAAGGCAUCCAAAACCACCGAACAAACUACCAAAGAGGACACACUCACCACCUCACCCCUCCCCAGUGAAGCCAAAGUAAAGCAGUUCCUUAAAGACAGCCUGUCCUCCCAGAACUCAACCAUCACUUUGGCCCACAUGGCCUCUUUGGAAAAGAAGUUGACCAAACACUUCCAGGUCAAAGAUUUCCCGUCUUUAGAGCAAGGCAACUUUCUGGAGUUCCUGGUUAAACACACUCAGCUGCUGCAGGACACACUGGGGUCUGCUUUGAUUUUGGGCAGUGGCAGCAUGGAACUUGCCAGCAGUGGCUUCAGACCCACCAGACAAGACGUGUUUGAGUUCAUCAACCAGUGUGGCGACAUAACCUCCACUGAUCCAGAUGAUCUCUCCCAUAUUGAGUCAGCACUGAGGUCCCACUACAGGGUCCGGGACAGUCGUGACCUGGGCUAUGGGACUCUGCAAAUGCUGGCUGGCCUGGUCCAACGCCAGAGAGGGCUGGCUGGAGGAGGACUAAGCCCGGUCUACUACGAGUCAGCCCUGUAUGCCAAACAUAGCAAAUCAAGUGCUGAAGGUGGGUGUGAGGCAGUGGGGCGCCUAGGCGAGAUGUCCAAGGCCCAGGCUCUGGCCAGCUUGCUCUCCUGCCCUCUGCUGGAAGAUUUAAGUGAGUGGAGCCAAUGGGAACUGAUCUUUAAACCCCUUGGCUCCCUCAAAGACUUCAUCGAAAGAAACGCAGCUAAUACAGGCCUAGCAGCGUUGGAGGUGAGGCCAGGUUUGCUGCUCAGGAUCACCACACACACAGGAGACAAGCAUUUCUCCAGUGCUGCCAUGACCCUGGACCCCGUCGGCACAGCUGGCCACCUUGUGUCCAUGGUGGUGGCUGAUGGGGUCGUCAAUGCUCCCACCGCCCUCCUGGCCAAUCACAUGCAGAGCUCCCUGGCAGCAGCUGUGGCUAAAGAAGAUUUGUCCCAGGCUGAAGAGAACGUGUCUUGUUACAGCAGAGUGGCCAAAUUCCUCUUGGCGUGUUUGACACGAAUCCCCACCAGAACGUGCCAGGCUCUUUUGCAGCAGGUGUUUUUGGAGCCUUUCUCCCGUGUCUUGGGCCAGGCCAAAUCUAAACAGGUCCUGAUCACUGUGGCCCAGUCUGACUCGAGGGACAUAAACUGCCUGCAUCGGCUGGGCAUCCUCCUUGGCAUCACAGACUGGGUGAAAGACUACCAGAAAAAGCUGAACCCACCACAGAGCCAAAUCUGCAACUCGCACUCAGCGCAUGUGGAACCAGCCAAGUCUAAUUUGAUAGAUUCUGAGAGCAGCAGUCUGUCAGGUCUAAAUAUGAGUGAAGAUGAGUAUCUUGAGGAUAACAUCAUGGACACCAGCUUUGCCUCCUCCCAUCUCAACCAGAGCCUACAACAAGUCAAUGGUGAGCGAGACGAGGAGGGAGAGGAUGAAGAGGAGCUGUAUGAACUGGCCUCACUUCGUAACGGAGAAACAUCAGAAGUCAGCAGUGAAGCUGAGGGAGGCCAGGGCGAGGAACAGUCAGUAUCGUCUGAUUCUAACGAAAAGGAUGCUGCCAGCUGCCAAGCAGAGACCACAGUAGAUCUUCAAAGAGCCGUAAUUGAGGACAUCAGGAAGAGCGAGUUUGGGAUUGGUGUGGAAUUGAACGCUGAAGGCCAGAAACUGAUGCAGGUCCACCAGGACAGGCUGGGCCGCAGCUUGGACCGCCUCUCCACCGAACUCUACAGCAAAGACACGCACUUUGUCCUGGAACUCAUUCAGAAUGCUGACGACAACAGUUACCCAGAGGAUGGUCUUGUUCCAGCUCUGGCCUUUUGGGUGGAGAGAGACUGCAUCACCGUUCUCAACAAUGAGGACGGCUUCCAGGAGAGGAACAUCAGGGCCAUCUGUGAUGUGGGUCGCAGCACCAAGGGCAAACAUAAAUAUGGAUACAUAGGACAAAAGGGAAUCGGCUUCAAGUCCGUGUUUAAAGUCACAGACUGUCCUGAGAUUCACUCCAAUGGUUUCCACUUGCGCUUUGACAAGACCUGUGGCCCCAUGGGAUACAUCCUCCCCCACUGGGCUGAAGAUGAGAGGCUUCUGGACACACAGCUUCUGGACAUAAAUCAGCACAGCUUUACCACUAAGAUCAGCCUUCCUCUGCGCUCUGAGAGCCAUCAGACCAGAAACCUGUUUCUUGACGUGCACCCCUCCCUGCUGCUCUUUCUGCACCGCUUGCGCUCCAUCAUCAUCUACAAUCAGAGUGAGAAGCGGCUUGUGACAAUGACUCGUAAAGACCUGAGUCACAAUGUGUUAGAGGUGGAGCACACAGAGGGCAUUGAACGCUGGCUAGUGGUCAAAACUAUGGUGCAGCCCAAGAAGAUCAAAGAGGAUGUUGAGUCCACCGAGCUUGCCCUUGCUUUCCAGCUUGACAGCAACAUCACAGAAAGUGGCGUUGUAUGCCAGCCACAGAAACAGCCAGUGUUUGCCUACCUGCCCCUGCGUAGCUUCGGCUUCCGUUUCAUCAUCCAAGGUGACUUUGACAUACCUUCCUCACGUGAAGACGUUGACAGAGACAGCUCAUGGAACCAGUGGCUUCGAUCUGAGAUCCCACAACUUUUCCUCAAGGCCAUGGAUGUCUUCACUGAUCACCCAGAGUUCAGGGGGCUGAAGGGCCUCAGCCAGUUCUUGCAGUUUAUCCCCCUGCCUGACGAGAUUUUGGACUUCUUCAAGCCGGUUGCCGGGCAGAUUAUUCAGCUGCUUAAGGGCAAGGCCUUCCUACCCACUCUCAGUUCAGAUGGUAAGGUUGUGUACAAGCUGCCGUCCCAAGUGGCCGUCUGUCAGGACGCUGUGAUCCGCGACGUGAUUGGUGGAGACGAGCUAGAAAAGCAUCUGUCUCUGUCUUAUCUCCAUCCGGGUUUGGGCCAUGCCCCACCCACCUCCCUGCUGACUCACCUAGGUGUCCGAUACCUGCGGGGAUCUGAUGUUACCACGGUAACCACAGCCAUGGCCAAGGAGCUGAUGAGAGUUGAAGGCAUCCAUUCAGACGGCGGCCUGCAUCAGCUGGCCAGGCUGCUGGUUUGCAACUUCCGAGCUCUGGAGCAUGGCUACGGAGAGGCAGACUCCAUCCUGCAAACCCUAAGGGAUCUACCCAUAAUCCCCCUGGCUGACGGACGUGUGGUGGCGCUAAGCGGGGAGGGAGUAUUCUUUCCAAUGGAUGAAACCAAAAACAAGAAAAAGAAAGCUCAAGCCCAGACAGGACCUCUGUCUGCAUUGUACAAGGAUGUAAAUGUAGUUCACCCUUCUCUCCUGACCUGUGUGGAGCCUCUGGAAAGUCAGCAGGUUCGGGAGCUGCUGAAAAGACUCGGAGUUCACGAACUGGAGCCUCAAGAGCUACUGGAGCAACACAUCUACCCGUCAAUACAGAACAACAAAUGGAAGUCGAAGCCUGAGGCUGUGGUGGUGAGUUACUUGGUUUUCAUCAAGCGGCAUUCUUCCUCCAGUCAAGAGUACUCAGAUUAUGCAGUACCCGUCCUCACCAGCAGGGGUCUGCUGUGCCCAGCCAAUGAAAAGGUGCACUUUUCUGAAGAGUACGGGAACAUCAACCUGCCAAAGAAACUGCCCGGCUGUGAUUGGGUCUUGCUGAGUCCAUGCUACGUGCAGACAGACAGCGAUGUGGAAGGAUGGAGAGAGCUGUUCAGCAGAUUGGGAGUCAGAGACGGUCUCAUCAUCCGCAAAGAGAGACAAACGCUCACUGCUAAAGAACUGGCCUCUAGUCCCUGGUCAGUGGAAAGUGCAACUUGGCAUCAAAAUCCAGGGGAAGGCUUUGUGCUUGAUGACUACCCCUGUGAAGAGUUUCAUGCCCUGGCCACAGCCCAGCUUCCUGACUCCCUCCUCCUGCAGCAGAGGAUGGCCUUGCUGGAACUCCUGGCGACCAACUGGGAUACUGGACACCGCUACUGUCAGUACCUCACGGCUCAUGUGAUUGACAGCGAUGGGCGAGAAAUCAGAAGCACCAAGUCCUCCUUCUACCUCUUCCUGUGCCGUCUUGAAUGGGUGCCAGCGUAUCGCCCGCUGGAAGGAGAACAGCGAGAGAGAGAGUACCUCUGUCCAAACUCAGUCUACCUGACCUCGCCUGAGAUCACCAGCCUGCUGGGGACUCAUGUGUUUUAUGUGGACAUUGACCCCAGCGAGUUUAGCAGAGCUCUAGGAAUGAGACAAAGUAUCUCAGUGGAUGCUCUGAUUAACUACCUGAAGAAGUGGUGUGUGAGAGCUGAAGCAGAUAACCAGGAGCAGAGACUACCUGAGGAUGAGUUGGAGGGGGCGAAUUUCACUACCACAGUUCAGCACAUCCACAACGUCUACACCUAUCUGCAUAAUAACUGUCCCCAGAGCAGCCUGAAGAAGCUGUUCCAGCAUACCCCUGCUGUAUUCAUAGAGUACAACAGGCGAAAUGACUGGUGUUCGGGGCGUUUCUACCACCUGAAGGAGGUGUGCUGGAGUGAUCCGACGUGGAUGUUCCAACGCUACAAACAGCUGACUCACGGGCCAGACAGCCCUGUCCAGGAGCCCAAAGUCCUGGCUCCCUUCUACAACCCGCUGGAAGGCAUGAAAGUCUUCUUCACAAGACUGCUGAAUGUGGAUUCCAGUCCCAAUAUGAAUCAGUACGUUGGAUUGUUGGAGCUGAUCUGUUCAUCGUCUCCCAUACCAACUGCUGAAGUGCUACAGGAUGUGUCGGUGCUCUAUGCCAGACUUGCUCAAAAGUGUACAAUUCCAGUAUCUGGUGACCAGGAAACCAUCCCUCAGCCCAAACUCAAUCACAGUUACUGUUCCACCUUGAAGGGUAUGGUGUCUGAUAAGAGGGUCUUCCCCACCAAGGAAAACACCUGGGUGAGUCUGGCACGCAAACCCAUGAUUGCUGACAACAAAGAGCUGGAAAAGGUCUUUAAACCCCACAAGCAGAUCUGUCUGCUCAACCUGCCGCCAGCAGAGAAGAAGAAUGCUCCCAGGAGCAAGACUGGGAACUCUGGUCAGACAGUGCCGAGAGAACGAGCUAACACCGCACCUACCUUCAAAGAGGAGGACCGAUCUUUGUUUCUGGAGAUCUGCGGGAUCUGUCAGCUGUCCAAGUGCGUCAAGACUGAGCCUCAGACUGAGAACUGGAGACCCUGUCCGCCCAUGCAGGCCAUGGUGCGCUCUGUGAUACCCUACAUCCAGAGGUUCCUCUACCACCACGACGAGCUGGCUGAAGUCUACUCUGAGCUGAUUGACAACAACAUUGGAGAGAAAAUCAAGCGACUUUGCUUUGGACAGGUGGGUAAGCUGUACAUUCGCUACCAGCUGGAUGUUGCUGACAGUAACGAAGUGGUGGAGGUGCAGGACGUUAUCUGCCUGCUGAAGGACGAGAAGGAGCUUUGCAUCCAGAAGGAUCAUCUCUCAGCCAAGCUGGACAUCUGCAGGGAGCUGGUGAAACUGUUCUGCACAGAGAGCAGCCACAGGAAAGAGCUGAUGGCUUUCGUGAGCGGCCUGAUAACCUCACUCAGUGACGCAGCGUCUCUGAGGAGAUUCUUGCUCAAGGAGGACAUCAGAGAGCUGCCCGCUGAGGAGGAGCUGUGGGAGGUCCCAGAGCCUCCCAAACCAGAUAUUUACCUGGACAGAGGUACGGAGGGCGCUUACACAGAUGUUGUUAAAGAACGUCACUUCUGACAGUUACGAUUUGUU